AUACUUACACACAAUCAGUAGUUGAAAAUAUAACUUAGUGAUUACUUGCUCUGUGUUUGUAGGUUUCAUCAUUCUUCUAUUCACACUAAAAUUGUAAAAGAUGUGAAUUUUUAAUUUUCUGUUUAAUUUGUGAUGAUAAAUUCCUUCAAUGGUUUAAUUUCUAAAGAACAAUUAUUGGAAAAUAAUAAACUCCCUAUAAAGGAGUCGGAGAUAUCAUAAUGGACGGUCACAACGUUGAUAUCGACUUGUAUGCAGUACCCUUGAAAUCUCUUGGAUAUGAUUUUCGGACAUUAACGUCGUGUUUACUAAAUUCUAAGAAGAUAUUACCUGCAGACGGACCAGACCGACUCUCCAGAGAUUGGCGAGGCAUAGCAUCACUAAUUAACAUAUCAAAUGAGGUAGUUGAAAGUAUAUAUGGGUUGGCAGACAAGACGGCAAAAGUUAUUGACCUAUGGUGCCAAAAACGAGAUGGAACAGCCACGCUUGGGAAACUGAUGGAGUAUCUGCAGCUCAUAGACAGAUAUGAUGUGUAUGAUGACCUACAGGAUCUUAUUAAAAGAGGCCGGAUUACUGUGCCGAAAAACAAUCAGGUGGCGUUAAAUAGCAAUCAACUGGCCGAGAUAGAUGAACGUGACAAAGUGAUCACGUAUGAUGACCGCCGCGAGGGCUUCCCGCAGCUGUACCACGCGUAUGUCCUGUAUGCCGAGGAGGAUUGGGACUUUGUCAAUGAACUGCUGACUAGGAUGCGAGCUGAGGGGUUCAAGCUGUGCACGAUCCUGGACCUGGAGCCCGGGCACGAGACGCAGUACGCGCCGGUCGCGCAGCUGAUCUCUGAGCGAUGUCACCGCAUCAUCCUGGUGUACUCGCCGGCGUUCCUCAGUAGCCGCGCCAAUACCUUCUACACGGAUUAUGCACAAGCCGUCAGUAUUGAAUCCAAGCAGCACAACAUUAUCCCGAUAAUCUAUCGCCCGUGCCGGUUGCCUGUCAACCUGACCUACUACCACAAGCUCAUCUACCGUCCGGAGAAGUGGGCGCCGUACAACUUUUGGGAUAAACUCAGCGAGUCGCUGCGACAGGUCCGGCUACCGAGAACGAACGGCAUGUGCGACUCAUCGUCUACUCUGAAUAUAACGGAAAUGUCGUCGGGCAGCGUGAGCGACUACUUGCUGUCGGGCUCGCAGCUCAGCGAGAGCGCAAGCAUGAGCGACAUGGACACGACCAAUAUAGUCAUCACGCACCCAGACGAUAGCGGCUCCAUCAGCGACUUCAGCACGCACGGCAGGGAGAAGAAGAAGAAUGGAGUGUUCCGGAAAGUCCGGAAGCUCUUCAAAGGCAAGGACUCCAAGAAUUGUAGUUGAGUUGCUGACAUGUUGUGAAUACUUCGUAUGAAUACAUCGACCAGAGGGAGACUUUGUACAAAAAUCGAUUACUUGGGCACCUCUGUCCCAUUCGUGUUUCAACCGUGAAGCAGUUGUGUUUGCAUGGCUGUGUUUCGGUUUGAAGGGUGGGAUAUGGCGUGAAUUUAUAGGGUACAGAGGAAUAACACCUGAGUCCUCAGGAAUGGCAAUGCAUGGGGUGUAUCAUGGGUGAAACAGUAUACUCUGUUAUGUCCAUGGUACUGCUCAUGUCUAUAGGCGACGGUUAUCACUUUCAAUCAGGGGGGUCUUCAGCUUGUUUGCCAUUCUAAGAUGUAUAAAAAAAAAAUAUUGAAGAAAGGUGAUUAAGCAAAUUAACAUUACAAGUGGUCUUUUCGAAUGAUUUAUUGCGUUAUUUAAUUUUAUAAUCUCCAUUUCUUGUAUAAAAUAUGUUACGAUUAGAGGAUUGUUUAUAUUUCAGGUAUAUGCAGAUUUUUUAGUAUUUUUUUUAAUGGGUAAUAAUGGAAUGGUUACCCCGCCUAUGUUAUCGGUAUACACCGGUGGGGCACCAGCGAUGGAUGAUAAAUGAGGAUGAAGUAGGUCAGUUAGCCCAUCGUGACGAAUUCAACAAGAAUUGUUCACGAUGGCAUCCAGGGGGAACCACGUGGAGGUCGACCUAAUAGGGCAUAUUGCUAGCAAUGGGGCUGUCAAACUCUAUUGCUAACAAUCCCUUUUCCCCCUGAUAUUUUAGUAUUGUAAAAUAUGUACAUAUAGUAAUGAAUUUUUACAUAUUUUUUUUUAAUCUAUAAAAAUGGUUAAUUUCCCCAUUUAUAAAAAAAAAAUUUGGUAAUCGAUGAUUAAUCAUCUUCAUCAUCAUCAUAUAAGCUUUUAACUGUUCACCGCUGAAUAUAAACCUUCCCAUUGGUGUUGCUAGUAGUUGCAACACUUGGCACGCGGAUUGGCAACCGCAGUUAGGCUUUGGAGAUGUUUUAAGAGAGAUGCUACUGCCCAUCUCUCGCCAUCCCUUAGUUGCCUCUUACGACACCUAUGGGAAAGAAAGGGGUGGCUAAUUCUAUGCCAGGACCACACGGCCAAUUGAUGAUUAUUUGAUAUUAAUAUUUCAUAGUUUAUACUCAAUAAUUUGUUAUAAUAAAUUAAUUUAGUUUUAUUGUUGGUAAAGGUAAUCUAUGUUAACCAAUCUAAGUCACGAAUUUUAUUUGCUAUAUAGAAAACAGGUUAUAUGGCCAUGUUGUGAUAUGAGGGGGCCUUUGUACAAAAGUUGAUUGCUUGAGUACCUCUGUCCCAUUCGUGUUUCAACCGUGAAGCAGUUGUGUUUGCAUGGCUGUGUUUCGGUUUGAACGGUGGGAUAUGGCGUGAAUUUACUGUGUACAGAGGAAUAACACCUGAGUCCUCAGGAAUGGCAACGCAUGGGGGGUAUCUUGGGCGAAACAGUAUACUCUGUUAUGUCCAUGGUACUGCGACCACUUUCCAUCAGGUGGGUCUUCAGCUUGUGUGCCAUUCUAAGUUGUAUAUAAAAAGAAAUGUUUGUUUGUAAAAAAGAGAUCCGUGACUAGAAUAAAAUGUCUUCCGUAAAUUGUGAUACACUUGAGAAUGCAAAAAUUGUAUAAAAUUUACAUUUGUUUACGUGAUUUUCAUUAUUUAGAUAUUAAAAAAAUUAUAAUUGGAUGCAUUUUAAAUAUGAUCUAUUAUUAUGAAUAAUUUUAAAUUGUACGUAGUACAGGUGCAUGUUACAAUUGUGAUUUAUAAUAUAUUUUUAUAAAAUUUUAUUGUAUGUUAAGGAAUAAAUUUAUACAGCUAUUUGCAUUUAGCUACUGUCAGAUGCCUUAAAACGGAACGUGUAAUGGGUACACAAAAUGUAUAAAUGUUGAUGUUGAUCGAUAUUGCUGUUUACUAAAAAGAAUAAACUGAUUAAAUUUGU